AUGGCGGAACACGAAGCCUUGGAGGGCUCUCGUGUUGGGGCCUCCAUGUUACUGAUGAUCCACCCUGCCUGGAGAGGAUUCGCUUUACCGGUCUAUACACCGAACCGGGACAGGGAGGCUUCAUCUGUUCUGGAUCGUUCGUUCACCCUGCAGGUAUACUCCGAACAUGCUGAGAGACGAGUGACAUAUUGGAGGAUGCGAUCAAAAGCGACGACGCGCGCGCACCCUCUCCGCACCUUCAAGCUCGGCUUGCCAUACUCCGGUGCAUCAUCGCCCUAG